GUUGUCUGCGCUCCAGCCAGCAUCAUUUUUGCCUGGUCUACUAACUCCAGUUUUCUACUGCAAGAAAUAUGGCUGACGCAAUCACUCUCGCGCGUGAGCGCCUCGCGGCCAAGUUCGGUGACGUCCGCACGGGCGGUAAGGGUACGGUGCGCCGAAAGCGCAAAGCUGCCCACAAGACGGCCACUGCCGACGACAAGAAGCUGGGCGCGACUCUGAAGAAGCUUGGCGUGACCCCCAUCCCCGGUGUGGAGGAGGUGAACCUCUUCAAGGCUGACGGCCAGGUCAUCCACUUCCAGGCCCCCAAGGUACAGGCCUCGAUCGCCUCCAACACUUACGCCGUGUCGGGCUUUAACCAGACCAAGUCGCUGCAGGAGCUGCUGCCUGGCAUUAUCAACCAGCUGGGCCCGGACAACCUCGCCAACCUCAAGCAGAUCGCCGAGUCGUACACGGCUGCCCAGAAGGCCGCCAAGGCUGCUUCGACCGCCGCUGCUGACGACGAUGACGACGAGGUCCCCGACCUUGUGGACAACUUCGAGGAUGUUAGCCAGCAGGAUUAAGGAGAUAAACGCGCGAGGAAGACGGCGACUUGCAGCUGAAGCGGAGGAGGGGACAGAGUCGUUGCCAUGUCGACACUUUGUGCUUAAGACUGCGUUUCCGUCGACGCCGCCUUGGAUGUCCUAUAGGUUUCGCAUCAAGGAGCGUUAAUUUCUUAAGAGAAUUCCAGUACAACUAGUACGCCAGGCAUAACAUCGGAGCAGUGGGAAAACUG